AUGGCUCCUUUUAAAUUUGGUAAAAGAUCCUCUAAGGAUAAAGAUAAGAACAAGAACAAGAAUUCUAAAGAAAAUUCCAGUAAUUCUCCUAAGGGUAGCCCUUCCAGGUUUUUACAUCUAGGAAAUAAUAACCACAAUACAAAUAACGAUAAUAGUAACAACAGUAUUAAUCCUGCAAAUAAUAAUUUGUUUGGACAAAAUGAUCAAAAUAGGAAUAACUACAAUAAUAAUUAUAAUAAUUAUAAUAAUAAUAAUAAUAAUAAUAAUAAUAAUAAUAAUAAUGGGACAUUUAAGAAUCAAUCAAUGCCUCAACAGCAACAACAGUCAUAUCCAUCACCAGCACCUCAAUUUCCAGCAUAUGAACAAACAAGCAAUUCGCGUCUAUUUCCUACACCAAUCCCGGAACAGCAGCGGAAUGUUUCUGGUGCUACAGCUAUGCCAUUAAUAUAUGAUAGUACAAACAAACAACAUCCUCAAUUACCAUCGGAGAAGACUAUAUGGAAUAGGGUCAAAUUAGCCAAUUCUCCCUUCCCAAGGUAUAGACAUGUAGCAUCCACAUAUGCUAGUGAUGACGAUAAAGUAUAUGUCAUUGGUGGUUUGCAUGAUCAAUCUGUUUAUGGUGAUACAUGGAUUAUUAAAUCUGAAAAUAAUGCUACCAAGUUUUCCUCACAGACUGUUGAUAUUGGAGAAAAUACCCCACCACCAAGGGUUGGUCAUGCUUCAACUUUAUGUGGUAAUGCUUUCGUGAUCUUUGGGGGUGAUACUCAUAAAGUUAAUCAAGAUGGACUGAUGGAUGAUGAUAUUUAUUUAUUUAACAUUAAUUCAUUCAAAUGGACAAUACCACAUCCAGUAGGACCAAGACCUCUUGGGAGGUACGGUCAUAAGAUUUCUGUUAUAGCUACAAGUCAAAUGAAAACAAAAUUGUACUUGUUUGGUGGUCAAUUUGAUGAAACAUAUUUCAAUGAUUUAAGUGUAUUCGAUUUGUCCUCGUUCAGAAGACAAGAUUCUCAUUGGGAAUUCUUGAAACCUAAGACUUUCACACCACCUCCUUUGACUAAUCAUACAAUGGUAUCAUACGCACAUAAAUUAUGGGUAUUUGGUGGUGACACUCAACAAGGUCUAUUGAACAAAAUAUUUAUGUAUGAUCCGAUUAUUAAUGAUUGGUCUGUAAUAGAACCGCGUAAUGUCGGUGGAGAGGCAAAUGAUAUUCCACCUCCAAUGCAAGAACAUGCUACGCUAGUUUACAGAGAUUUGAUGGUUGUUGUUGGUGGUAAAGAUGAGCAAGAUAUAUACUUGAACAGUGUAUAUUUUUUCAAUUUGAAAUCUUUCAAAUGGUUUAAAUUACCUGUAUUCAGUUUAGGUAUACCACAAGGACGUUCAGGCCAUUCUUUAUCCCUUUUGAAAAAUAAUAAAUUGUUGAUAAUGGGUGGUGAUAAAUUUGAUUACGCUGCUAUUGAUGAUAACAAUUUACGUACAUCUGAUGUUAAUAUGGGUAAAGGUACUAUAUUGUAUACCUUAGAUUUAACAAGAUUGGAAGAGUUAUGUCCUGGGAUUAUGGAAGAAAUUUCUACUCCAAUAACUGGCCAUGCACCUCAUUAUAACAUUCCAUUUAACAAUAUGAAUAAUGAUGUUAUUAAUGAUUCGGAGCAAGGCAACAAUCAAGAUACAUCAGAAAAUGAGCCAAUUAAUAAAUCUCCAAUAUUGAAUACCACUCCUACUUCAAAGUCUACUGUCACGAAUCCUGUACAAAUUCAGAACAAUAUAUUGACCCCAUAUAGUGAUCCAGAUUAUAGUCACACUCCAAAGGCGGAAGACACCGAGGUAUUCCAAUCUGGCGCAAAUGUAAGAAAUGAACCAAUUGAACAACAGCAGAAUUUUGCAGUUGUUGAACAAGCUAAUAAGUCUCCAUUGAGUGAACAUGUAAAGAGCUUAGCAUCACCUAUUUUAAAAGAAUCUCCAGUGAAAUCUGAAAGGGUGGCAAGUGUCGUUGAAGAAUCUAAUCCAAUCUCUCCUGUAUCUGAGCAAGAGAAGAGCAUAGCAAAAUCUCCUAUUGUUAAACAGACUGAAACUUUUGAAAAAUCACCUGUUUUAGAGAUCAAUGCCGUGGAAGGAGAUUCUCAGAUAGUACCAGAUGAGUUAUCUACAACUGUUACUAUGGUUGCAUCUCAUCCGGAUGAAGUCCAUAAACAAAAUGAGGAUGAUGAUGACAAUGAUGAUAAUACGGAAGAUGAAUUCCAAGAUUCUCAAAACCAUGAAGAAGAACAAUUAGAUAAGCUUAAUGCUUUACAAAUGGAUCUUGGUACUUCGGAUCUUAAUGAACCAAAUGUUACUGUUGAUUCAGAAGCUGAAGAUACAAUUGAACGUAAUACGCUUGAUGAAUUGAUUCCAUCACCUAAACUUGAGUAUAUUGCUUCAGAUAAUGAUGUUGAGGAAGACGAAGAGAUAACCACUGAACCUCUAGAUACUGAACCUGAAACGAUAUCAAAGUCUCUCUCAGUAAAUAAAGAUGAUCCUAAUAUGACUGUAAUUAGUAAACAAGCAUUAGAAAGUUUCCGCACUGAAUUACAAAAUCUAAGAGAUGUAGCUAAUGAAAAAUCUAUUGAGGCUAGUAAUCAUGUUAGAGAUUUAGAGGAUCAAAUAAUUAGAUUGAAAAGUAUUAAUAAAAGAACUACAAGUUUAUCAUCUGAAGAUGUUAAUGCAACAAAAUUACAAAAUCAAUGUGAUAUACUGACUGCUGAUAACCAUAUUAUGAGAGAUAGAGUAUUAGAAUUAGAGAGUCUUGUCGGUGAUAAAUUCCUAGAUUUAGAAAAUUUGAAUCAAAUCAUUAAACAACAAAAGAAUGCGAUCGAUGAAUAUGAAGCCACUAGACAGGGUUUAGAAGAGAAUGGUAUUGAACAAUUGACUUAUCAAAUCAAAGUUCUUGAAGAAGAAAACAGAACACUAAAGAACGAUUUACAAAAGAGAGAUACAUCUAUAAAUAAGGAUAUUGGUGUGUAUUCUGAACAAAUCAAGGCUAUGAUAUCGACGUGGCAAGAUACUUUGUCAUUAAACAGAUCAGCUGUUAAGGAUAGUGAUGGUGAACAUGAUGAUGAUAUCGAUACUAAUGGUGUAUAUCAUCCACAUCAUAAGCAUGUUGUUAAUAAGCUAACUAGUAAAUUAGAUGAUUUAUUGUUGAGAAGUCAAGAUUUGAGUGAAUCAAGAGAUAAAUUAGAUGAAGAUUAUCAUGAAUUAAAGACGCAACACCAAACUACUCAUGAUGAUUUAUUAUCCACAAAGGAAGAAUUAGAUAUUGUAAAGAAGAAUUAUGAAGAAAGUUUAAAUUCGAUUAAUAAUACAGGAAAGGCUCUUGAAAUUUCUGAGAAAGAAUUAGAUAAAUAUAAACAAAAUAAUAAGAAAUUACAAGAAGAAAUCGAUAAUAUGAAAUUGCAUGGUGUUGAUAGUCCGAUUCAACAAAGUGGUUCCAAUUCACCAAAGGAUGAUGCUCGAUUCAAUGUAAAGUUAAAUGAUUUAAAAGCUGAAUUAUUCAUUAUCAAACAAGAGAGGGACUCCAUGAAGGAUGAAAUGUUGGAAUUAAAGAAAAAAUUAUACAGCAUGGACAGUAACUGA